UCAAAUUUUGUUCCUUUGAAGAUGACUAUUACAGUUAUUAGUUUGGUUUUGGUGAUUGGUGCCAUUGUUAAUGGAGCAGAAUCCAGGCCUAGCAAUAAUAAUAAUAAUAAUAGAGCAAGAGCAUUCUUUGUGUUUGGAGACUCACUUGUGGACAGUGGAAACAACAAUUACUUAGCAACCACUGCACGUGCUGAUGCUCCUCCUUAUGGAAUUGAUCAUCCAACUCAUAGACCCAGUGGACGUUUCUCCAAUGGAUUCAACAUUCCUGAUCUCAUCAGUCAACGACUGGGUUCGGAGUCAGUAUUGCCAUAUUUGAGCCCUGAAUUGAGAGGAGAGAAGCUCCUAAUUGGUGCCAAUUUCGCAUCAGCCGGAAUUGGAAUCCUUAACGACACUGGAAUUCAAUUUGUAAACAUAAUCAGAAUGUAUAGACAACUAGAACAUUUUGAAGAGUACCAGAGGAAAGUGAGUGGUAUAAUUGGUGCUUCAGCGGCAAAAAAUUUGGUGAAUCAAGCACUUGUUCUCAUAACCGUGGGUGGCAAUGAUUUCGUUAACAACUACUAUUUGGUGCCUUAUUCUGUAAGGUCCCAACAGUAUCCACUUCCCCAAUAUGUCAAGUUUCUCAUUUAUGAGUACAGAAAGCUUCUAGAGAAACUAUAUGAAUUGGGAGCUAGAAGAGUUCUAGUUACAGGGACGGGUCCACUAGGGUGUGUUCCUGCGGAAUUAGCACAACGUGGCAGGAAUGGAGAAUGUUCAGUUGAAUUACAACGAGCUUCUUCACUCUACAAUCCUCAACUUGAACGCAUGUUGCAAGAUCUCAACAGUAAAAUCGGCAGGGAUGUUUUUGUUGCUGCAAAUACUGCAGAAAUGCACCUUAACUUCAUUACUAAUCCUGUAGCAUAUGGAUUUACUACAUCAAAAAUAGCAUGCUGUGGGCAAGGACCUUACAAUGGUCUUGGACUAUGCACACCUCUCUCAAACUUGUGCCCAAAUAGAGACUUGUAUGCGUUUUGGGAUGCAUUUCAUCCAUCUGAAAAGGCCAACAAGAUUAUUGUGGAACAAAUAAUGUAUGCUUCUACUAGGUACAUGAAUCCAAUGAACCUCAGCACCAUCUUGGCUUUGGAUACUACCACAUGAUCAAGAUUUGAAGACAUCACCUUGGAUUCACCAUUUGUAACUGUUUGUGUGAAGGAAAAAUUAUCUGCUUCAUUUCUAGUCUUUAAUAAGUGGGGAACACAAUUUCUUGUUCUCAUGAUUUUGUGUUUGUCUACAAGUUUUUAGCUUUUUAAUGUGUACAAAUAACAUUUCUCAAU